AAUUUUACAAAAAAAAAUAUUUUGAGACAAGUAGGCCUUGUGAUCGGUAUUUGGAUCUGUCAAAUGGUAAAUCCUUACAUUGCUCGUAGCUUAGUUCAGUUUAGAUUUAUACUCGCUAGCGGUCGGAUAGAAAAUUUUCACUCCCAGCUCUGAGCUCUGAGGAAUAUAUUUUUAUAUCGGUUUUAUAUAACGUGUAAACGGGCGAGUUUCGUCGCGAUUUGUGUGGCGGAUAAAGUUUUUCGUGCGGAUAACUAAUUUCAAGUGAUUUUAUUUAUGGAUGCCAAACGUGGUAAUGCCCCCGGGGCACGCCAAGGCACCGGCUAUCAAGCAUCCAAGACUAGCAUGGCGUCACGCCAGCAGGGUGGUGGGGCAGCUGCCGUCGGACGCAAACCGGCCAGUGAGAUCAGCCUGACUCCCAGCCAGGCCAGGAACCCGGAUAACCCACGCAAGAGUCCCUUGGAUGCUCUGAGCCGCAGUGGCAUUGUACGCAGUCAGGAUCCCUUCCAACGCCGGUCCGGCUUGCAGGAUGUGGAUGAUGCCUUCUUGGCUUCCAAUGCUUUUGCGCGCCCACCCAGGGUGCGUCAUUCCGGGUUGGAAAGAGACGCCAUGCCGCAAGCAGCUGCCGGAGGUGGCGCUGCUGCCAGCCAGCAGCAGCAGCAGCAGGGAUCCGCUGCUGCAGUGGCUCCGAUACGCAUGUCUGCCGGGCAGGAUGCUGGCCAGCAGCAGAUGGACCAACAGCAGGUGCCGCCGCCACAACAGGUACCUCCUGCCUCACCGGCACCGUCGCAGCAGCAACAGCAGUACGCUCAGCAACCGGCUGCCGGGCAGCCUACUCGAUUGGAACCGCCACCAUCGGGACGUGCUCAUCCCCAGCACCAGCAUCAGGCCGGCUAUGAGCAACAACAGCAGCAACAACAAGAUUCACAGGCUCAGAACAAAUACCAACAACAAUCUCAUCAUCAUCAGCAACAACAACAACAACCAACACAGCAGCAACAACAAACCCCCCAACAAGGAUACGUAAAUAUAAGCAGAUUCGUUAGGGAAUUAUUAAAUAUAACAUAUCCUCGCCACACCCUCAGUCACCGGCAGGAGGAGCUCAGGCAGCUGGGGCAUCGUCAACUAACGGACUAGGAGCCGGAGCGGCAGGAGCUGGCAACGCUGCAGCACCCCGUGAGAGCGGAGGAGGAGCUGCGGCACCGCCCCCCGAGGCCGAAAUGUGC